UUUCUCCUUAUAGCUCACGAGAUUCACAAAAUCAAUCACGUUCCAAACACCGUUGCACCAGAACACGACUCAUUCCAGCCAUUAUUCUUUCCUAGGUCUAGAAAAGAAUAAUGCCGACGAACGGCAUUAUUCAAGAAACUAUGACGUGAAACCACAAGAAAACUGUGACGAGAACAUCGAGCUGAGGGUGUUCGUCCUACGACGGUAGAAUCGGAACUCAAACUGUUUGAUGGACCGUAAGAUCACGAGAAUUCGAAAAACAAAACCGACAUGCAUGCAGCGCUGCCGAUUUAGCGAGAUGUACGUUCAGGAGCAGAUGUAUUGAGCUUAAGCUCGACAACUCGCAGUUUGUGGCUGUGACGCGAAAUCCUGUCAACUGAAAACUAGACGAUGGGCGAAAAUCGUCAACAUGUCGUCCGACGGACUCACGUCUGAAAAAGCUGAGAUGGAAAUCAAGAAGGGCGGUGCUAUAAGACGUGAUAAGCGUCGGAAGGGUCUGAAAAAUCUGUUGGAAGGACAAAAGAGGGCAGGUUCGACCAGCGCACGGCGCUUGGUCGCGAAGGUUUACAGGAGAUGGGACGUAGAGGAAUUGUAUGGUGCGGAAGCCGCCAAGGAGAAGGGCAUGUUUAAGUGCGCGACAUACUUCAAUCAAGAUAAUUCUCACAUCCUCGACCUGCAGGAGAGAUGCCAGCAAGAGAAGAAUGCAGCUGUCUUUUUGCACGAGGAGAAACUUCGGACGAUUUCGCUUCAUAAACUCAAGCAUACAAGGCGUGAUUACUCAUGCCAUCUCGUAGGGAAUGGAGGUUCCGCCCUAUUCUCUCUCUCAAUUCUGAAACGUUGCACGCAUCCUGCGUAAGAAUCUGCAAUGCAACGUAAGUUUGGAAAUGGAAACGUGUGAAAUGCAGUGCACCGAGACUGAAACUUAUAUCUCGCAGAUGGCUCCGGAUCCUUCAGAGAUCACGAGUGCAGUCUCAGGGAACGUCUCUAUAUCGAUGUUUGUAGCCGCGAGACUGGGCAGUCAAGAGCGGUUUUGCGAUAGAGAACUGAAUUCAAUUUGAAAUUUGAAAUUUGACUGAUGUACUGCUACGCUAUGCCGUUGCCCAUUUCAGGGCCACGCAGGUGCUUGCUUUCAGUCCAUCCACACUGCAUGCUUUUCCUUUGCUUUAUACUCCACCAAUGACUGAGCUCAUAUUUUUAAAGCUUUGUAGAGCUUGGGUCUUCCCAUCCAG